CAAGCCAAACAGAGAAGUGCAGUCUAAUUUUAUUGAUCAUGAUGGGCUCACCUCAUGUGCUUGCACAUGUGGGCACAAGCCCUGCAUGUCCCUUUCUAAGUCUUUCUUCUCUUGAUAACAUUUGUUAACUGACAACGAUUCUUUGUCUGGUUAUAGCUCCUCUUUAAGGCUGCUCUACAAGGCUCUGUAUCUGUCUAUCUAUGGCUUUAAACUGGGGUGCAGGUCGUCAUAAACACCAAGCCAACCAUCAUUUUCAGCAUGCGCCAAGCACAGUCCACGAUGAGCGCGUUCUAGGUUUCUUUCAGUCUCCUACUUCUGCUGCUUAUCAGCACCAUAAUCCUAAUCCAUACGCCAUUGUAUCUCCAGCAUCUCUCACUCCUGACUUCGAUCAAUCUCCGUCUUCAUAUUAUCGCCGUGAUAGCCCUCCCAGUUUUUCAAGACCAUUGUCAACGACCAUCUUAAAUGACCCUGCAUUCUCCCCAGAUCCUCGCGUUCAUCCACAUUUUCCACUCGUUAGCCCUACAUUCUACAAGGAACUCCCGUCUAAAUCUCCUUUUAUGGUUGAAGUGCUCUGUCCAAUAGAGGACCCAGACUUUGUUUCACACUCACCCGGCUCGGAAGAAGCUCACCCGUCCCCGACUGCCUCGACUUCUGUAUCUUUAGAUUCUGACUCUCACACCGCUCUCGCUGCUUUCACGUCGCCUACUGUAUCAUCCGUUACAUCUCAUUCCCACUCGCCGAUUCAUCCCGAGACACCUCGUGUUGUUUCACCUUUGCAACUUUCGUUUCCGUUCCCAGCAUCUUCGGUCUCGUCUCCGCCGAGUCAUGACCCAGGAUCUUCGUCAGCCAUGUAUCCCCCUACUUCUAAUCGUCCUACCCCAACACGUACUGUCACGGCUCCAGAGCAGCGAGAAAAAGUGGUGAAACCUGCCACAACGCGCUCUGACUCGGCUCCAGUUCAUGCAGAUGGUAGUAACAGGCCUACAGGAAAGCACCGUAUGAAGAAUUUUAUCCGACGCCUCACAAGCUCCCGUGCCCUCGAUCGAAUCGACGAAAUGGAUGAGACGGAUCCUUUGGGAGCAAGAUGGCAACAUGAUGGCCCUUACGAAGCUAUUGGUAGCAAUCUUGCGCAACUUGGGCCCGCUCACAUGUAUAAUGACAUUGACAUCCUGCGAGGCGAUUUCCACACUAAAUCUAAGCGCGAGAACGCCCCUCGUCAGGUGCGGACCCAGAAACUCCCUAGAUUGCCCCCAAUUGGUCCAGGAGUCAGUCGGCCGUCUGCAAAGUUUGUUCCCGGGCAAAUUAUUCCAUCUGGUAUUAUCUCUCCGCCUCUGCAUACCAUUCAGGCCAACACUGUAAUUACGAACCCAGAUCUUCGUAAUCUAGGUUCGGGCCAGUUAAAACCCAGUCACCCCAGAGGCCACUCUCCUCUUUACCACCAUCCGCCCGAGGCGCUGACUUCUCGUUCAUCGUCACGUGCACCCGCCAGCAAGUCUGCUUCUCGGAUCCAUCGCUUUGGUGACGAUAUACCUCGCAUACCACAACGGCCAGCUCAUGAUGAGCUCACGCCUUAUCCCCUCCAUCAAAUACAUUCUGUGCCCGAUUUACCGCCGGGUCAUAAUGAACGAUAUCUCGAAACUCGGUCACAAGCUCGCGGAGAUGCAAAUCAGGCAACGCUUUUUUCAUCACCGCCCGUCGUUGAACCACCUGAUGGUCAAGCGAUCGACUUGGCGAACCCCCUUCCUCAACAUCGUAGAACUUACUCAUUAGACAGUUCGCCAUCGCGCACCGCCACAUCUACACAAUCAAUAUCUCGCGCUCAAAAUAGCUUACAGCCACCGCGCAAUCAUCACCUUCCAAAACGCCUCGUCAUGCCUACCCUUCUUCAGCCCCCGCAACCACUACCCCAGCGACAACAAUAUCAACAACCCCUGGAUAUAUAUCCCCGAGCCAAUCCCCAUGAUCCUCACCCCGAUCUCGACCCUGAUCCCUUCCCACCAACCAAAGGCUACACUCACGAACCGGCAGCAAUGUAUCACCAAGGCCGAAAACUACUACGGAAGAAAACGGCCGUCUUCCCUGGAAAUAUACCUUUGCCAACGCAUGCGCCUGGAGCUCAUGCUGACUCAAAUCCUCCAUUGACAAAACAUUUGUCCUUGUCAGCAACCAAUACUGGGAAGGUCAAGGAAGUAGUUCAUCGGCGAAGAUUGAGUAAACGGAAACAUGAUAUCUGAUUCAUGUCAUAACCCUUCUUCUGGACUUUGUCACGGAGAUGUAGGACGAUCCAUGCAUUUAUCGAGGUGUCCUGGCUAUGGACCUUGGUACACCAAUCGCAUUGGCUCAUAACCCACGCAAUACUUCUAGAUGUUCUUGAUUCUUCUGUAUGUGUUUUUAGCACGACUGUGGAAUUGAUGCACUUUUCUUCCAGUAUAUUGUGUCUUUGCGCUGGUUUUUUGAUAG